CUUUCCAAUUAGAGUUAGUGAGGUAGCGCUGAAAUGGGUGAGGUGUUUUGGUUAAUGUUAGGUUUAUAACACUUAAAAUUAUGCGCAUUAAUGUUGUGGUAAAGCGUUCAAACACUAAAGUCAGCAGCUCUUUAGAAUACGAAUUUGAAAACAUCAAGUUACAAACUGCAGACAAAUCCAAUUAAUUAUGAGCAGUGGGAUUCUCAGGGGAGCUCUCUGUCCUCUCUCUUUUUUUUCUCUCGCUCUCUCUCUGACAUCACUGGGAACUUGUGUGUAUAAAGUAACCACAAGAAUGCAGCGUGUCAGGCAAGGGAACGCGAGUACAGACAGAGGGCCCUUUCUUUCACAGGGUAUGCAGGUCAGGGAGAAGGGACGCUGCACUGAGAGAGUGACACACACGGGCAGAGAGAGGUAAAGAGAUACAGGCACAAAGAGCACAGUUCAAUACAUACCAAGUAUGGGGCAACAUUGAGAGCUUAGAGAAAAUCAACAAAAAGCAGGAUUUACAAGGAAGAGGAGAGGGAAAAAACAGCUUUACUGGCCCGGACUUCUAAAACCUUUUGCCGCUUGAGAACUACCUCAGCAUCUGUAAAUGUAUGUGGUGUGCACUACAACAGACCUCUGACCAUUUUCUACUCUGGCGAGGAAGACGAUUCUUACACCUUGCUGGACAAUGCUAAUGAGUGAUAUCCCACUGGGAUAAGAUGUAAACUCCACAUCUAUUCUACGUUGAACCAGCAUUCCAUUGAAAUGACGUGGCAUUGAUUCAACCAGUGCGUGCCCAAUGGGAUUGUUACUCAUUCCUUCCAGUCAUCAUACCUUGUAUGUCUCAACUUUAGACUCAGCAUCACCAUAAAACAAAUGCAUAGACCUACAUACAUGAAUAAUGGUGAAGCUUACAUUCAAUGGAUUUGGUGAACAAAUUGUGUUUAGCUGAAAUGGGACCUUAAUGUUGACAAACUGCAAGUAGGUGCUGCCUUCUUUACUCAAUGCAACAAAGUAGCAGCAGUGCACAGUUUCCUGUUUUGUUAUGUUGGGAAGGAAGUGAAGCUGACUAUGGAAAAUGUCCUCAUUCCAUCACUUCUCCCAGAGGAGAAUGGAUUAAAAUAGAGAGGAGACUCCAGAGGACGUGAGGUGGGAUCCCAUAUCCCAAAAGAGGAAACAAACAAACAACACAAACAGGCAGACUUCAUAGACCUUCCCAUCAAGGCAAGGAGAGAUCGGAAUCAUUACAGCAACUGAAGGAUUACAAAGGAAAAACCCCCCUCUCUCAUAAACAAUUGAUCUUUGGACUUCAAACUUUCAUAAAAAAUGCGUUGGUCUUCAAACCCCCAGAUAAGGUGGUUAAGGAAGGAGGGGAGGAUAAAGAGAUUCUCCCUGCAUCAAGAAUUUUUCUAGUCUGUCCCAUCCUCCCUUUCCUUCAUCAGAUAUUCAUUGUGACUGGGAUGUCCUACUAUAUCAGCGAAAUCUUCAAUGUCAUGAGUUCACCAGGAAACUGAAACCCAGCACUAGAUCAGGGUCAAAUCACCACAAGAACAAUCCCCUGAUAACAGCAACACCCUUGCUGACUACUUCAAUCACAACGUGUUCACUAUUGUAAUUGGUUUCUUCUUCAAAGAUUACCCUCAAGAGGAAUUGAUAAGACACUGUCAGUGAACAAUGAAGGAAGACAUCUUGGAUUUUCUCAGUGACUUGUGGAAGGUGGCCACCACUAAGCAUGACCAGGGGAUCUAUAACACAGUCUGCCUGGUGGUGCUGCUAGCCCUGCCUAUGGUGGUGCUCUUCACUUCUCUGGUGGUGUGCUGCCACUGCUGCUGCUGUCGCCACGCCAACUGCGCUGGUUGCUGUGCAGUCAGCCCCAGCUCAGCCACAGCAAAAUCAGACAAAAAUAAGAAGAGUCCGAAAGAUGAGGACUUGUGGAUCUCGGUCAAAACAGGACCUAUGACACCAGACAGGGUUGCCCUGACGAUGGUGUAAGGUUCAGAUAAGGUUUUAUUUGUAUUCAUAUGAAGCUCUUUUUUUACUGCAAGGUACAGGUACAUGAUGCCGAGCACUGGUGUUCAAUAUGCUCGACAGAAACGGUUGAAACACAGUAAAAGAGCUAACGAUGUGUGUGUGUGUGUGUGUGUGUGUGUGUGUGUGUGUGUGUGUGUGUGUGUGUGUGUGUGUGUGUGUGUGUGUGUGUGUGUGUGUGUGUGUGUGUGUGUGUGUGUGUGUGUGUGUG